GUUCUUCAAACCAUCAUAUUCGACUUUUAGGUAAUGAAAAUGUGUGUUCGAUAUGUUUUGGCUUAUACGAAAUAUGAUGAAUGGAUAUUUAGCAAACUCACCCUAGUGUAACGCCACGUUAAUUGAGUCUGCUAAACCAUGAAAAAUUAAGAUAUGCUUUAAUGAUGUUUAACGGCAUUCAUGGCUUUUCUGGAUCGUAGUAAUGAUAUAAUCUUAAUGAAAUUGGCGUGAAAUACUUAAUUUGAAAGUAUUGAAUUCCACCACAAACUGGAUUCAGCUUUUUAAACGAUCAUUUAUACGCUAAUCGGCAUUACGAGGAAUAAGUUUGAAAAACUUCGUUCAAUUUUUACAGAACGGAAAUAUGCAAAUUUUUUAUGCAAGUGUAUUAACAACGCUUUUAAGGUUAAGCACUGCACUGGAGGACUAUUGUGAUCCGGAAUUGUGUUCGAAUACGGGAGGAAACACGCAUAUUGCUUGCAAAAACAACGGCAGUUUCCAUGAAAGAUGUCCUCCUGAUGCAAGAUUGGUCGAUUUGACGUUCUAUAUACCAUUAAUUUUAAAGGAGCACAAUGAAAGACGAAACAAAGUGGCUGCUGGAAAUGUAACGGAUUAUGCGAGCGCUAAGCGUAUGGCUGUAAUGCAGUGGGACAAGGAAUUGGCUGACGUUGCUACCUACAAUGUUAAAAAAUGCGAAUGCGAAUAUGAUGGAUGUCGAAAUGUCAGACGCUUCAAGUAUACCGGUCAAAAUAUUGUCAGUCAAGGUUACACCGGCAAAGAGAGUGCAUUCAGUAAUAAGGAAAUCAUUCAAGAUGCUAUCGAAAGUUGGUUUGAAGAAUAUGUUGCUAGUUCAAUGACUUACAUGAGAAAGUAUCCAAAUGAUUUUGAAAUAUAUAAAGAUUUUUCACACUUCGCACUCAUGGUUACCGAAGCGAGUCAUCAUGUGGGAUGUGCUGCGUCACGCUACAAGGAUAAGCAAUACAAUAACGUUUUAUUUACAUGCAAUUAUGCCUCAGCUACUUUACAGAAUCGUCCCAUCUACGCAGAGGGUCCAACUGCAUCGGCUUGCAUAAGUGGCAAAAAUGACACAUAUCCGGCAUUAUGCUCCAUCGCUGAAAUAUAUGAAUAAUUUGAUAUUAAUGUGAAGGAAAUGUAUGUAUGUCCUAUAUAUUUUUAAAUAUAUUAAGUGUUAUGGCUACAAUUAAAUUUAUUAGCCUUAAUUAA